AUGGCGAAACACACCAAGAAGGUUGGAAUCGUGGGCAAAUAUGGGACAUGUUAUGGUGUCUCCCUGAGGAAAAUGGUGAAGAAAAUUGAAAUCAGCCAGCACGCCAAGUACACUUGCUCCUUCUGUGGCAAGACCAAGAUGAACAGACAAGCUGUGGGCAUUUGGCACUGUGGUUCCUGCACGAAAAUGGUAGCUGGUGGUUUGUGGACCUACAACACCACUUCUGCCAUCACAGUAAAGUCUGCCAUCAGAAGACUGAAGGGGCAGACGGCCCUUGGCAGC